AUGAGCGAAUUAUCGAACGCGGAGCCGCGAAGCUAUUCGCGAACAUUCGACAAGAGCAGAAUGAGAAGAAGGCGCAGCAGCGUCCUGAGCGCCGGGGCGAAGUCGCCGAAACGCGAAGGCCUCUCGGCCCUCGUCGUAGACAACGGGGCCUACAGCGUCAAAGUAGGCCUAUCGACUGCCCAAUCGCCCACUCUCGUCCCCAACUGCAUCAUGAAGGCCAAAUCGGAGCGAAAACGGCUGUUCAUCGGCGCGCAAAUCAACGAAUGCCGCGACUGCUCGGGCUUGUACUUCCUCUUACCUUGCGAAAGGGGCUACAUAACGAAAUGGGACGUGCAGAAACCCGUUUGGGACUACGUAUUCAGCAGGAACGUGCACCCGGUCGAAGACAAACCGGUCGUAAUGACCCAACCGCUGUUCAAUUUCAAAUCCAUACAAGACUGCAUCGAUGAGAUAUUCUUCGAGGAGUACGAGGUACCUUCGAUGUUCCGACCCAACCCCACCGAUCUAUCGAAACUAAAGUACCAGCAAGAUAAUAAACUCUCCAACAACUUACCUUGUAUUAUAGUAGAUUCGGGAUUUAGUUUCACGCACGUAAUUCCCUAUAUAAAUGGAAAUAAAUACUUACGAGCCAUUCGGAGACUGAACGUAGGAGGUAAAUUACUAACGAACCACUUGAAAGACUUGAUAUCUUACAGACAAUACAACGUCAUGGAAGAAACUUACGUUAUAAACCAAGUAAAAGAAGACACUUGUUACAUAUCGAACAACGUACUCGAUGAAUUGAAGCUCGCUUCGACGAAAAACAACCCCAUCGUGAGGAACUACGUCCUGCCCGAUUUCAACAACAUCCGACGAGGGUACAUCCAAGACCCCAACGACGUGAACCAAAAGGAAAUCGAAGAGAACUGCCAGAUACUGAAGUUGAACAACGAGCGGUUCGUUGUACCGGAAAUCCUGUUCCAUCCGUCGGACAUCGGGAUGAAGAGCGCCGGCCUGGCGGAGGCCGUCGUAGACUCGAUUUUCAGGUGCCCCGAGCACGCGAGGAGGGAUCUUGCGAAGCACGUUGUCCUAUCGGGCGGGAAUUGCAAAUUCCCCGGCUUCAGGGACAGGAUGUACGCGGAGUUGAGGUCUUACUUGCCGCACGAUUGGGAGGUCGGGGUGUACAUGCCCGACGAUCCGGUGGGUUACAGCUGGAAGGGGGGCUCCGCGUUGCUCAAAGUGCCGAAUUUCAAGAAUCUCUUGGUUACUAAAUCGGAGUACGAGGAGUUCGGUUCGACGAUCACCCAACAGAGGUUCAAUUCCUGGAUGACGGAUAACUCGGAGCCGGAUAGCGAAUCGUCCGAGCCGGAAAUAUCGUUUAGUUAUUUGGAUAAUAUCAAAGGGAGGUCGAUUUUCGGUAAAAACGAGCUCGGUAACAACGAUUCGAAAUUCGAAAGCAACACGAACGAAUCGGAUUCGUUAGGAUCGGAUAGCAAAACCGAUUCAAACGAUGGAACGAAUCAAAUCCCUGAAACUACAGAGAACGAUAUUAACACGGAACAUUCCACGGAACAAUCUUCUAACGGUUUCAACGAAUUGAUGAAUUCCGUCGAUUUGUUCCCGUUCGGUACAAACACUUAUCUAUGA